UCGAUCAAAACGUACACGGACCCAACUGCAGCGCCUCGCUCUGGUGAGAUUCUCAGUGACCACGUGAUCAUGACGUCAGAGCCAGUUGAAAAACGCCUUUUAAGGGCAUGAGAUCUCCUCUGGGUGCACCGGAUAGACCCAGUGCGUCAUACAUCCAACUGCGCAUGCGUCGUUCAGACAUGGACCGCGAGGAGCCUCCGGUGUCUGUCCCCGUGUCUCCAGGAGAAAUUAUGAGACUGUUGGUGAAGCAGCAAGUCCACGCGGCCGUUGAAGAGUCUUUUGGGCUGUUGGACACAUUGACAGCAGUUUAUGAGGACACCGUGUCUCAGUUGAGAGAACAAUGGCGACACACAUCAGAUGUCCAGCAGCAGGUAGGGAUUAGAGCAGAUGUCCCCCCUGAGGACCAGGACCAGGAGGACCCAGAGCCCCUCCACAUAAAAGAGGAGCCGGAGCCCCUCCACAUAAAAGAGGAGCCGGAGCCCCUCCACGUAAAAGAGGAGCCGGAGCCCCUCCACAUAAAAGAGGAGCCGGAGCCCCGCCACAUAAAAGACCUGCAGGAUCUCUGGACCCAUCUAGAGGGAGAUCAGCUCAUUGUGCUGGAGGAGGCAGAUAUCGCCAAAUUCUCAUUCACUGCUGUUACUUUGGAUAGUGAAGAUGACGAACCUCAGACCUCACGGCUUCAUCAAAGCCAGUCGGAGGAAGACAGAGAGGCGGAGCCUCCAGCUGCAUCGAUACAAACAGAAACUGAUGAAGAUGACUGUGGGGGAUCAGGACCAGACAGGAACCUAAAUCCACAUCGUCAUUCACAUCCAAAUGCUGAUGAUGAAGAGGCUUCAGACUCUUCUGAGACUGAAGCCAGUUCUGGUGAUUGGCAAGAAGCUUUGUCAGAUUCUGGACCUGAAAGUGUAGAUGGGGACAAUGUCUGGAAGGAGACCAGGACAUCUGAGUUUGCUGCAGAUGCUUUGAAAUAUAAGGAAGCUCUUGUAAUUCAUGUGGGAUGUAACACUGGCAACAAAUCCAAUGAAUCACAAUCAAAAGUGCUCAUGAGAAAGAAACCAUUCAGUUGUGACGAGUGCGGGAAAAGAUUUACAGAACAGACAAGUCUGAAGAGACACAUGAGAGUCCACACAGGAGAGAAACCAUUCAGUUGUGACGAGUGUGGGAAAAGAUUUACAGGUCAGGGAGAUCUGAAGAGACACAUGAGAGUACACACAGGAGAGAAACCAUUCAGUUGUGACGAGUGUGGGAAAAGAUUUACAGGUCAGGGAGAUCUGAAGAGCCACAUGAGAGUCCACACAGGAGAGAAACCAUUCAGUUGUGACGAGUGUGGGAAAAGAUUUACACAUCAGGGAGGUCUGAAGAGACACAUGAUAGUCCACACAGGAGAGAAACCAUUCAGUUGUGACGAGUGUGGGAAAAGAUUUACAGGUCAGGGACCUCUGAAGAGACACAUGAAGGUCCACAGAGGAGAGAAACCAUUCAGUUGUGACGAGUGUGGGAAAAGAUUUUCACAACAGGGACAUCUGAAGUCACACAUGAUAGUCCACACAGGAGAGAAACCAUUCAGUUGUGACGAGUGUGGGAAAAGAUUUUCACAACAGGGACAUCUGAAGUCACACAUGAUAGUCCACACAGGAGAGAAACCAAUCAGUUGUGACGAGUGUGGGAAAAGAUUUUCACAACAGGGACAUCUGAAGUCACACAUGAUAGUCCACACAGGAGAGAAACCAUUCAGUUGUGAUGUGUGUGGGAAAAGAUUUACAGAACAGGGAAGUCUGAAGAGACACAUGCGAGUCCACACAGGAUAGAAUGUGUUUCUUCCAGUAGUGACAAAUUCCAUAUGGAAGUUAUUCUCUUUCUAAUGUGUGAAUUAAAAAAAUAAGUAAAAUGUUUUUAAUUGUUUCCCAUGUCAUUUAUUUGUAAAUGAGAUGGAAGACAAAGUGUUUUCUAAUCAUUUGAUGAAUCUUAAUUAGAAACAAUGACAACAUACUGAGUGUUUUUGAUGGAGGAAACUAAAAACAAAAUAAAAACUCUGUAUGAAUGCAUCUGUAUUUAAAAUGCAUUUUCCCUGUAAUGUUUUAAAAUCUACAUAAAGAGACUUGCAAUUUC